UGUUAGCCUCGCCGAUCUGGGAUCAGCACCGCGGACAGCACUGCCGUUUACACCCGCUGGCUUUUCUCCUGCUUUUCUGCCUUUUCCUCUCCGCUGUCCUCCAGCAGCACCGCCGCUCACACGCACGGAAACUUUUUAAUGCGCAGGUUCCUGGACGUAGCCCGUAACUUUUUCACGCAGCUUAAUGUUUUAUGCGGUUUGUGUCGACGGACGCUGCGUUCAGCCGCCGCACCUCUCAGGCAGGAUAUAGUCCCACUUCGGGGCAUGUCAUCGGUUUUUUUUGCGUGUUUUUGCGAUCAGACAAAUGCGCGUGUUGUGUGAAGUGAAAUGAGAGAUUUGUAAAGUUUAUUCAGCGGACGUUGGCCGAUGCUAGGGGAUGUUUCCGUGUGUGUAGGCAGCGGGCUGGUUGUUCUCAGAGCAGCGGGAGGAAGCGGUUGUGAGUUAAAAACCCAGACUGUGUUGUGUCGCUGACAUGUUUGUGUCUGCUAACGUGGAGGAUGUGGCAGAGGGAGCUAAACUCUGUAGCAUCUGAGCUGGCGGGUCGACAAGAGGAGAGCGAACAUUCCCACAAGCACCUGGUAGAGCUGAGCAGGGAGUUCAAGAGAAAUGUCCCUGAGGAAGUGCGGGAGAUGGUGGCACCUGUGCUCAAGAGUUUCCAGGCUCAGGUGGUUGCUCUGAACAAGCGCAGUAAGGAGGCAGAGUCUGCGUUCCUUGGAAUCUACAAACAGCUUAUCGAGGCCCCAGAUCCAGCUCCUGUGCUGGAGGCCUCACACACCCUGGAGGAAAGGCUGCAGCAUCUUCAGAGCUUGGCCCCAGACAGUGAGGCCCUGGUACGAGAGAUCAGCGGGCACUGGAAGAAACACUUGGAGUGCCUUGAAAAGACAGAGCCCACAGAGGAUGAUCCUGUAGUGGCAGGGGCAGCAGUGGCUGGAGAGGCCCCAGAAUCCAGCUCUCCAGCCUCCCUGAUGACCCCCAACAGCACACCAGUUCCUGGGGCCCCAGGAUCCCCACAGCCGAACUACCGGGACCCAGCUGAGGACCGAGGGGAGGAGGAGGAGGAGGAGAGGGCUGACGUUAGUUCGGCUGACAGACUGUCAGAGGCCGACGAGAACAUCAAGGUUCUGCAUUCAUCUUUGAACACGGCACAGACAGAGCUGCUGGACCUGCGGUGUAAAUACAAUGAGGAGAUGACAAAGAAGGCAGGGGAGGUUGAUGCCAUCAUGGCGAAUCUUGAGAAAGCAAACCAGAGAGCAGAAAGGGCUCAGAGGGAAGUGGAGAGGCUAAAGGAGCAGUUAGCCAGUGCCACCAAGGGGAACUGCCAUCCAGCAGAGGGCACUAGCAGGGAGAAGAACGAAAAGGGCGAGGUGUUGCCCUCGCAGCUGGAGGCCACUCUGCUGGCUAAAGACCGCGAAAUCCUCUGUCUCCUUGAAAACAUUCAGCGGCUGCAGUUCACGCUGCAGGAAGUUCAGGAGACAUCAGCCAAUCAGAUCAUGGAGCUGGAACGCCAGCUGGCCUAUAAGAGGGAAGCUAUUGAGAGAUUAGAAGCUAAACUGCAAUCCCAGAUUGACUAUGAAGAGAUUAAAACAGAACUCAGUAUCCUUAAGGUAAUGAAGAUGGCUUCGGCAAACGGCGGCUCAUCUCAGGAGUCCGCCAAAGCUGAGGCUCUUUUGCUGGAUAAAGAGGCCUUUCUUCCAUCUCACAAGUAUCUGGUGGACAAGGCUCGAAUUUUGCACAGCAAUGAUGAUGACCAGUCCGACGAUGCAGGAAGGGAGAUGGGUAGACCACCCGGCUCCCACUCGUCCUCCUCUCAGGUGGACGGCCGUGGCUCCCCCAGCCCCGGCACCCCCACCCUGGACAGCUCCUCUUCCAGCCACGAUCUCCCCCGUCCCUUCUCUGUGUCGCCGUGCUCCAGGGACAGACAGUCAGGAGACCACAUCCUCCACAAGCAGCUCCUUUCCCCGCACUUUAAAAGGGAGGGCCUCAUGGCUUUUCCCACGGCCCUCUACGCAGCGAAAGUCGCUCUCAUGUCAGCGACUCAAGGGUCUGGAGCGGCAGGUAGUGUUGACGCCGGCCUGCCCAGCGACCAUUCAGAAAGCGGCAGCUCGACGGCAGGAGAUGAGGACCAACUGGACACAGCCGAGAUUGCCUUCCAGGUGAAGGAGCAGCUGCUCAAGCAUAACAUUGGCCAGCGUGUUUUUGGCCACUAUGUGCUGGGCCUCUCCCAGGGCUCGGUCAGUGAGAUCCUUGCAAGACCCAAACCCUGGAGGAAGCUAACUGUGAAAGGCAAAGAACCUUUCAUUAAGAUGAAGCAGUUCCUCUCUGAUGACCAGAACAUCCUGGCACUUAGGACCAUCCAGGUCCGACAGAGAGGGAGCAUCACUCCGCGCAUCCGAACUCCUGAAACUGGGUCAGACGACGCCAUUAGGAAUAUCCUGGAGCAGGCCAAGAAGGAGAUCCAGUCCCAGAGGGGAGGUGAUGGCAAGUCAUCUCUGAACAGCUCAUCAGGCAGAAGCAGUAAUGGAGCUGGCAGCGGCUCUGAUGAAACCAUAAAGAACAUCUUAGAACAGGCCAGGAGGGAGAUGGAGGCCCAGCAGCAUGUGCUGAUGGAGAUGGAGGCCUGUGGGAGGGCCUCGACUGCCAGUUCAGGAGCACAGGUGGAACGUCUAGGGCCCCCAGAGCGCUCCAGGGGCCUGCCGUUACCCAUCUCCAUCAAACAGGAGGAAGGGGGCUGUGUUACCGUGUGCAUGGCCAACCCCAUCAGCAGCCCGCAAACCCCCCUCAGUGUGCUCUCCCCCGCCGCCUUCGUCCAGAACAUCAUCCGCAAAGUCAAGUCAGAGAUCGGUGAAGUAGGCACCUACUUCGAUCAGCACUGGUCACAAGAGCGGGGGUCGAUGGGGCUAGUCGGAGGAGGUAGCUCUCUGCCCUUCAAUUCCGUCUCUCCUUCCUUGUCUUCCUCCUCCUCUGGGCCCUCUGCGUUGCCUCGGCCAUGGCCACGUCUGGAAAACGGCGAGUUUCUCCCCAACAGCGAGGAGGCCUCUGCUGCUGAGGACGAGCUGGGGCUCGGUCGGCCGGUGGAGGUGAAGGUGGAGUCGGAUACAUCGGUAAGCGGCGAAUCCCCAGGACCUGGCCCUGGGCGCCUAUCCUACUACCCAGCGUACAUCCCUCGCGCCCUCAAGCCAACCGUGCCGCCGCUGACUCCGGAGCAGUAUGAGAUGUACAUGUAUCGAGAGGUGGACACCGUUGAGCUGACCAGGCAGGUGAAGGAGAAGCUGGCGAAGAACGGCAUCUGUCAGAGGAUCUUUGGUGAAAAGGUGCUGGGGCUCUCUCAGGGCAGCGUCAGUGACAUGCUGUCUCGGCCCAAACCAUGGAGCAAGCUGACCCAAAAAGGCAGGGAGCCCUUCAUCCGCAUGCAGCUGUGGUUACUGGACCAGCUGGGCCAGAGCCUCAGCCAGCCCCCAAACCAAGGCCACGCUCAGGAUAAAAGCCCAGUAACGGCACAGUCCUCACCCUCCCCGCCCCCAAGCCCAGUGGAGAGCCACCCAAGUCCCCUGGUGGAGCCUGUCAGCCUCUCCCUGGAGAGCAGCAAAGAGAACCAGCAGCCUGAGAGCUUAGGCCUCGGGCUGCCCCCCCACCCAGAGGGAGGGAAAUCCACCCCCAGCCUCAUGGCCUUGCAUCAGCCCUCAAACCCCCUUGGCAUCCAGGAGCUGGUGGCCAUGUCUUCCGAGCUGGACACCUAUGCCAUCACAAAGAAGGUCAAGGAGGUUCUAACAGACAACAACCUAGGUCAGCGUCUUUUCGGGGAAACCAUUCUGGGUCUGACGCAAGGCUCGGUGUCAGAUCUGCUCUCCAGACCCAAACCGUGGCACAAACUCAGUCUGAAAGGCAGGGAGCCAUUUGUCCGCAUGCAGCUGUGGCUCAAUGAUCCUCACAAUGUAGACAAGCUGAGGGCCAUGAAGAAGAUGGAGAAGAAAGAAAUCACUGUCUUCCCUCCAGCCUAUCUGAAAAGGCGGUAUGGGCUGCUGAGCACCGGCUCGGACAGCGACUCACCCAGUACUCGCUCCGAGUGUGUGAGUCCGGCCUUGGUCUCGCUGGACCUGUGCCCCUACAGCCAGGUGAAGAAGGUCCGGGUGGUGCUGGGAGCUGAGGAGAAGGAAGCCUUGAGAAAGGCCUACCUGCUGGAGCCCUACCCCUCUCAGAACACCAUCGAGAUACUGGCCGCCCAGCUCAACCUCAAAACCAACACUGUCAUCAACUGGUUCCACAACUACAGGUCCAGGAUGCGACGGGAGGUGCUGAUGGAGGGUCUGCCAGACAAUGACACAGAUGCCGAGCAGCACAGCUACUCCCCCUCAAUGACGCGGAGCCCCCACUCUGAUGGAGAGGAGAGGAGGCUGCUGAAGCCCUCAGGACACAUCCACUCCAGCAUUCCUCUGAGCGCCAGCACAGCACUUCCUCAUGUCAAACAGGAGGCACUGGACAGGGAAGACGAUGGGGAGGAGGGCUCCAUGAAACAGUCGAGAGUUCAGUGUUUUUCUACAGCAGUACAAUUCCCGCCGCUGAAAAACGAGCAUGAGGACUCCAUCGCUGGCCACCAGAGCCUGAGGCACGAAGAGGGGAUGAGCAGCCAAGCUCAAGGGCUCUACCCUGUCGCAGUCUCCAUAGAUGGACCCCAGAGAGCCAGUCAGUCCCGGCAUGAUGGGGAAGACCCUGGAAAGUCACCUGUUGACCCAGUCAGCUUUAAGGCUUCGUCGGAACCCUGCCGCAGCAGCCUGGAAGUCUCCCUGAACUCCCCCUCUGCUGCAUCCUCACCCGGCCUCAUGAUGUCAGUCUCCCCCGUCCCUUCCUCCUCUGCUCCAAUAUCGCCCUCGCUGCCCAACCCGCCCUCAACUAGCACCAAUCACAGCCUGGAACCGAACCAGAUCCCUCCAUUCCAAUUCCCCAAACUCAACAGAAGCACUCAGAGACGCAAUGAGAAAAUGGCCAACCUUAAUAACAUCAUCCACAGGCUAGAGAGAGCAGCCAAUCGAGAAGAAACACUGGAAUGGGAGUUUUAAGGCCCCCCUUUUACUUGUACCUAGUCCUGAUGACCCUCGCGGCACACAGGGGCGUCUCAGAUAGAAUCUUCCUGAAGACUUUUAACGGAGCCUGGCUCCUGAAGGCCUGUCCUCUCAGACUGAAAACUCAAAGGAAACAGGAAUGCAGAGCUACACAUAUGGCUAACUUCCCUGCAAGAACAAAAAAAAAAAAAAGAUUUAUAUAUGUGUAUUUGUUUUUGUUUUUGAUAAUGCAUACUACUUUGAAAUAGAUGUGACAGCAUAAGCUGUUGUUUUACCUUUUGGACUUGACAAGAAGACUUUUGCAGCUAUGGUGUCAUAAAAUGUACACUGAAGUCCUGUAGAUUGCCACUGGGUGAGAUUAAAAAAAGACCCCUGUCUUAAGCCAUUAAAAGCACUAUAACUAUUUGAAAAGAGACAUUGACCAAAUUUGCUACUUUUUGAAUAGCAAUUUUUCAGAUUUUGUCUGUAAGACUGGACAGUUUAAGUCAAGUAACAUGAAAUCCUAUUACUGACUGAGGGAUAGUCCUUUAAGACUCUAAAUAUUCAACAUCUUGUAUGUACUUAGUUUCUCGGUGAUAUGUUUUGAAAUAUUUGUAACUCACACGUAUAAAAUGUGGUUGUACAUGUUGUAGAAUUGUCUGCAAUAGCCUUCUCUAAACCUGAUGUAGCAUGGUACUCACCUGACCCUGUUAUCCUCUGUAGUUAGUCACCUGUGAUUAUACUUGAGCGAAAACAAGAGAAAAAAAAGUUGAAAACCCUGCAAAAAACAAGAAAAAAGUCAACGUUAAAUCUAAUAAGUAGAGUACUUUUAGUGUUUUCUUUCUUUUUUUUUUGAUAAUCCUUGAGGUUUACAGUUUAGGGCCCUCGUGCUCCUGCUGGCACAGUUUACACGAUUUCUUUCAGACUUACCUCUCUGACCCUCUAAAGGCACUGGUUCUCAGACUGUAACGGGCCAAGACACAGGACACCUGGUUUACCUCAGAUUAUGUUGAUGCACAUCAUGCUGUGACCAUGCGUUUCAUUCUUAUACAUGAACAUGACCACGCUUAUUUGAAUCAACGGAGGGAACAUACUUGUAUCAUGCCUCAGACGAGUGGAGAUGAAGUUCUAACAGGCAAAAUCAGUCUUUUACAAAGAAUAUGCUGCUGUGUGAAGAGACGGGGAGCUAAUGAAGCCCCUCCUCACCAGAUGGAGUGCACUUUCUCAAAAUGCAUCUUUUACUGUAUCUAGAAUAAUGUAUACUUGAUGAAACAACUCAACCUCUUUGUACUGAGAUGCUGUUAAGCUGGGCAGUUUGAUAAGAAAAGCUUCAGGACUCUUCAGAGCUGGAAAUGAACCUCCUUUGGGGCUGACCGUAUUUGAGAGCAUGAUGCACACAGUAUGACCUCCCAUCAAUAUGAAAACACUCAAUCUGUAAGUAGACUAUAUUCAAGGACACAAAAGGUUACAGGUAUCCCCUCAUAUUAUCUUUAACCACUUGUGUAUUGUGUCUGUAGAAGUUUCUUUGUCAUGCUUGCAAAAUGUUCUUUAUGUAUUUUGCCUCUAUUUUAUACUCAGAACAGUUAACUAGAUAUUCAAUACCUCGUGUAUGAACUACUUACAGCACUUAGAGUUUUGAUAAUUGUGAGGACUCAAGAAAAAUUCAAAUAUCAACAUUAUCCUAACUUAGUGUCCACAAGUCUUUGCCUUUACUGUAUCGUUGAAGUUGGUAGUAAACACUUGCACAUGUCUACAUAGUUCAGAGGACUUGGAUUGUAUUAUGUAGAGAUAUAUAUUACACAUUUACUAAAAAAAUAAUAUCUUACAUUCUUGGAACAAAAUGUGCUGAUUAUAUUGAAAUAGAGUGUACAGAUUUAAUAAACCAAACCCAUUCAAGCCAGUUCUGGUCUGGCAAGCUUGCCCACGUUUUAGACCUUCUCUCAGGGUAGUCUUGCUUUUUAAAGCUUUACUGAAACAGUUGCUCUCCUCAGUGGUUCUGACUAUGAUAAAAAACAUUACGUGGUGUAGAGAAUGACUUCAUUAUAUAUUAAAUGGGCCUGUGGAAGCUCUAAGUAUAGGGGAAUUGCAACUUUUCACUGGAAGCAGUGGUUUGUCAGAGGGCUGUUGCUGUUUUGUAAUUCAUUACACAGAUCUGUCAAAGUACAGUGCAGGUUGGAACAACCGGGAUGAGGUGGAUGGGUUGCAUUUUUGAGAUCAGUAGACUUUGUUCUCUAAAAAACUGUUCAUGUUUUCUCUUGGAGCCACAGAAGAUUUUUCUCUGGUUUUCGUACCACCAUUUUUUGUGCAUAAUAUACUGUAUGAUUAGAAGUGGCAUUUCUUUCAUUGAAAUUUCAUCAUCUUUCAUGGUAACAUGGACAUGUGAUUGAAAAGGAAAUGUAUUUACUCAGACCAUUAUCUCAACAUGUAAAGCCCAUCUCAUUGUUUUGCAUGCAAAUCCAUUCUGGUCACUUGACAAAGGGAUAGACUGUGUUUUGUGUUGUUGUUCUUGCACAGGGACAUUGAAUCAGCACUUAGUCUCUUUUUUUGUUUUUACAUUAGUGAAGUCCAUGCAUGAUGCAACUGAUAUGUUUGGCUCUCAAAAAGCCAUCAUGAAUCAGAACCCCAAAACGACUCAGUAAACAUUACUAGCAGUUAAAUUCAAGUCAAGAUUGUUUUGUGCCAUAUCAUAUGCCUCAUGCACUAUCCUCACAGGAGAAAGGCCUUGUGGUAGCGUGUGAUCUAAGAGGGGUGUAGGGCUUUUCUCACCUGAUUCAGAAAAAAGCAAAGCUUUUUGAUAACAGCAGCCCUACACAUUAGAUAGGUUUGAUUUUAUAAUUGACAUUUGUCACUAAAUAAUGAAGAAAUUUGUCGGGGAAAAUUUUGAAUGAUUGCAUUCAGAGCUGUAAAGGAAAGGAUUUACAAUCUGACUCUGAGUGCUUGUCACAAAGACAACUUUUCCUUUUGAAAGUCAGCUGUGAGCCAAUAAAGAGAAGUGUCCUGCAGGCUUAAAUAACUGUCUAAUGCCUCACAUGUCAGGCUACUAAAUGUUAAAGAGUGGACUAAAGUAUGCCAAGCGUCUUGGAAAUUGCAUAUGUAAGCCAUCAUUCAAUACAUAAUUGUUUAAGA